AUGGGCCGACUGCCCGCCAGCCAGCUCGAAAUCGAACCCGUGAACCAAACUCGCUAUCAACAACUGAACCAUGCGCAUUGCAAGACUCACACCCGCACAAAUCCUUCGUCCCGACCCAAACGGUAUCACUUCGAAAUCAUUCCCCCGAACGUCGACCCCAGCCCCCUCCCCACCUGGGAGGAACCGCUCGGGCCUAAAAUCGAGCGGGUCGGGCCAAACGUCCGGGUCGCGAGCUAUGGCCCAAACAUUGACCAAAAGGGUCGAGCCCUUAGGGAUGAGGUAACCGUUGACCACGCAACUAUCCUGCGCAAUACGCGGGAGGGAGAGUGGGGUGGAGGGGUGGAGGCGAAAGUUUUCCUUGACGACGGCUUGGAGAUAGGUGAGUCGACUCAAAUCGGACUCAGAUACGAGUCGAUCCUUGCCGACGACAGAGUCGAGCUCUUGCUGUGCCUGGGCCAGGAUUUUAGGGUGCCGGAGGAGCUCGGCUAUAGCCCACUCAACCGUGCUCGACGUUGUGUCCGUCCCGGCGACGAACAUAGGUCACUUACCAAAAGUAGGGCUUUGAUCUCGAUCUCGGUGAGUCUUCCUUUCUCGCCGUCAUCGACAUCUUUCAUCGAGAUCAAAGCCCCCAAUAAGUCCAUGUGUUGCUCCACGGCUCCAUGUAGGCCUUCGGCCUUGCGCUCCUCAAUCACCUUGCUUAAAAAUGUAUCGAACUUAUUGUGUAGCUUCUUCAUCUUAGAUACCACGCCCUGCAGGUCGAAACCCUCGAGCACAGGAAUAAAAUCGCCUAUGUUCAACACGCCCGAUAGAACCAUGAGCUCGACCACCAUACCCUUGAACUCCUCCGACUUCUCAUCGACACCACCAAACACUCGCCUCCCAAGAGUCGCACGAGCAAGUGCAUUUGUGGCACAAACAUAUAGAAUUUGGCCAAGGCGCACGGGGGCGUGUUGUGGCCCAGCAUUUAGCAGAUCUCGAACCAGAAUCCCCACCUCUUCCUAG